CCAGGAGGAAUGGGAGGCGGUUUGGGCGGCACAUUCAACUCCCUCAAUUCUCUGAACACGCUCUCGCCCUUCAACUCCGGAGAAGCAUGGAGUUACUCCACGUCCUACGACCCCGCCCACCUCAAUCUGCUAGGCCCCGCCUCUUACUCAUUCUCAGCCAAUCAUAACCCGGGCUACAGCUACCCUAUGCUUUCUCAGCCAGUGGGGAUCAACGAUUCCCUUUUUACAAAUCCCAUCGGCCAAAUGCGGGCGGGAGAUUUCCAGUCGUCAACGGGGAUGCGGGAUUUUGGGAGCGGCCCCCUGAAGACCUACGAUUACCUGCAGGAAGUCAAGACGGAGGAUUUUCUCCAGGAGAAGCGAGACGCCAACAUGAACAGCGUCCGCCACCAGCUGGCCCCAAAGGAAAACAAGGAUUCUUCGUACACCACGCUCCCUUCUUUUUUAAGCUAA